CUGCGUGUUUGGGAUUGUUAUGAUGGGACGCAGCAGCCAUCUUGGAUCAGCGACGCUGCACACCGAGCGGCGCGAGGACGGACGACGUUAACGGCGGAGCCAGCUAGCCAGCGUUAGCUGCUCGGGCACAUUAACCACCAUCCGCGGCGCACGGGGCGAGAUUAUGCGCUGCACACGUCGUUUUUAUAACUUCGUCGGCUCUUUAAAACGAGCGUGUCGGAUGUCGACCCUUUAAAGGUGUAGUUUGGGAGAGGGCGGUGUCGGCGCAAAUCCUCGGUAUAUUUGUAUAAUUUCUUGAUAGAGGAGUUACUAUGAAUGGAGGAUAAAUGUUGCCAAAGGCUGACAGCAGCAGUUUCGUCCUCUUCUCGCUCCUCUUCGUCCUCACGUUAACGGACCCACUACGGACAGGUCCUCGGCUAGCUCUGGCAAGAUUAUUGUCAGAGCAGCGCUGCAGCCCCGGGCAGUUUGCCUGCCGCAGUGGGAAGAUGCAGUGCAUCCCGCUAUCCUGGCAGUGUGAUGGUUGGACAGCAUGUGAGGACAAGAGUGAUGAGAUGGACUGUCCCCCUAUAAAGGAGGAAAGGUUUCGUUUUGGCAACGGAUAUGACCAAGUAGAGGAUGUGAUCGGUGUAGCGCAGCCUGUGCGCUUCAACAAGAAGUGUCCCAGUGGGUGGCACCACUACGAGAAGACGGCCAGCUGCUACAAGGUGUACCUGAGGAACGAGAACUACUGGCAGGCCGUGGACACCUGUCAGAAGGUCAACGGCUCCUUGGCCACGUUUGGGACCAACGAGGAGCUGCAGUUCAUACUGAAGAUCGAGGUGGAUUUCGAUGAGAAAGUGUGUGAGCGCAGAGAUCAGUGCAAGUUUUGGGUGGGUUACCAAUAUGUGAUCACCAAUCAGAAUCAUUCCCUUGAGGGCCGCUGGGAAGUCGCAUACAAAGGAUCAAUGCAGGUGUUCCUGCCGCCUGAGGGCCUCACCAAUUUUGGUGACGCUUCUCCCACCCAGGACAACGUCUUCUGUGCCCAACUGCAGCGCUUCCAGAUUAAGAACAUGAACGAGCGAGGUCUGCACAGCUGGCACGCUGAGAACUGCUACAAGAAGUUUCCCUUCCUGUGCAAGAGAAGGCAAACGUGUGUGGAUAUUAAGGACAAUGUUGUAAACGAGGGCUACUACUUCACCCCCAAGGGGGACGACCCCUGUCUGAGCUGCACGUGUCACGACGGCGAGCCGGAGAUGUGUGUGGCUGCGCUGUGUGAGCGGCCGCAGGGCUGCCAGCACUUCCGUAAGGAUCCUAAAGAGUGCUGCAAGUUCACCUGCCUGGACCCAGAUGGAAACAGCCUGUUUGACUCCAUGGCCAGCGGGAUGAGGCUGAUCGUCAGCUGUAUCUCAUCCUUCCUCAUCCUCUCUCUGCUGCUCUUCAUGGUGCACAGGCUGCGGCAGCGGAGACGCGAACGCAUCGAAACGCUGAUUGGAGGAAACUUGCACCACUUUAACCUUGGGAGGCGAGUUCCAGGCUUUGACUACGGCCCAGAUGCCUUCGGUACAGGCCUCACUCCCUUGCAUCUCUCCGAUGAUGGAGAGGGAGGCGCUUUUCAUUUCCAGGAGCCUCCUCCGCCAUAUGCGGCCUACAAAUACCCGGACAUCCAGCACCCUGACGACCCCCCUCCUCCGUAUGAGGCCUCUAUCAACCCAGACAGCCUCCUCUACGUUGACCUUGGACACAGUGGGGUUUCCAUGGUGCCGAGCCAAAUGAGCACAAUGGGAGAUGGGCUUCAGUGCAAUAUUCCCAACGCUUCUGUUCCCGUGCCAGACUCUGCACCACCAUCUCAAGAGAGGGAGGACUCCAUAGAUAGCAGCACGCUCCUAGUGGGUCCUGACACCCCGACAGAUGGCCACGCCCCCACUGUGAUGCCUGCAGACUGCACCUCCCUCAGCACCAUGGUAUAGGACUGGAUGAGCAGCGCUGCACCUGGACGUUAUCUGCCGAUGGAGGAGGGUCGUGGCGCGUACGCAGCAGACAGAGCGGAGAGCGUGUACAGGCGUGUCUGAGGACGGAGCAGCGGGUUUUUAUGUCCGCUGUCCGAAGACUGUGCGGCUGAACUUCUGAGUGCUUUUUUUUUUUUUUUUUUUUUUUUUAAGACAAUGACAUGAUGUCAUGACGUUUUUUUUGUACAGAUGAGGAAACACAACUUUCAGGCUGAGGAGGCUGCACUUUUUCUUUUAGUGUCAAUGGGCAAAGUUUUGAAAACACUGCAGAAUUGCCCCGGUGUAAAUAAUGUCUCAGGUCUGCGCCGGUCAAAUUUGUAAUACUGGUGUGUCUCGGUCCAGCACAAGGCGUAAUGACAGUGAAGCCAGCUUUUUGUUUCUCGUGGGCUGAGUUUAUGUUUUGCAUCGACAGACACAUCUGCAUUGAGCCGUUCCCAAGCUAAAGUAAUGUUCUCACCAGACCCGUCUGCCGCCAAUCAAAUAUGCUUAUUUCAAUGCGUUCAUAAAAGCCUAUUGUCUCCUCACUGUAUUGGUCGGACACAUAACGCUGUCUUCCAGGUUUAAAGUGCAUAUUUGCAGCCAAACAUGUUUUGUAGUUCAGGGGGUUUAACCGUGGGAGGAGGUAACGCAAGUUUCCUGCUAUGGGAUUUUUAUGAGGCAAUAUGUAUCGACGAGCGUCGUGGUACUGAUAAAUAAUGGAAUUUGCUGUUGUGUUCUUUUGGAUGAUGAUUUGUGACUGUGGGCUGUAGCCUUGAUUGUUUUGUUAUGGGUUUGCAGUUGCAGCCUGAUGAAAAUGAAAGCAUCAGCUGGUCAAAUCUAUGUGAAGAUUAGUUAUUAAACUAAAACAAGUAAUGUAAUCAUGCAGAUGGUCCCAUUGUUACCUUUUCCAGGGUUGAAAUUGUCAACUGACUGAUGCUACUGAGUCGAAGCUAAUGUAACUCAAGUAAAUCAGGUUUUAUUCGGUUGUUUUUUUUGGGAAACUGAUUUGUCAGUUGUAACAUUUGGACUCUGCCUCUUCCCUGAUCAUUUUUCUUUGUGUGAUUCGUUUUGCAGCUACUGAUGAUGGUUUAACUGACUGUGGCUGUGACUCUCUUCUGUUUUGGUGUCGAUGGGUCUCUUUUUUUGUUUGUUUUCAGUGAAGUCACAGUAAAGAAUAUAAUGUCAUAAAAGAAAAGCAUAAAGUGUACAGCUGCGGCACGUUGGGCCCCCGUCAUGACGACAAUCAUUUGAGUCACUUAAGGAUGAAGCCUGAGGACUUUAGAGUCGAGUUGACCCACAGUCACCAGCAUUCAAUGCGCUUUUGAGAAGAAAAGCUGUAAAUGUGUCUGAAUGACUGCAUGUCUGCGUAUUUCAUGUCUGGAUGUGUGUUUUGUGUGCGCUGAAGCUUGUUUAACCAUUGUUUGGCAGAUCGACAAUCCACAGUGGAUUAUCCGACCAACAGCAUCUCAAACUGUGGGGAAAAAGCAACAUGCAUGCGUCUGUAGGAGACGGUCCCGUUUGGUUUUCUUUCCUCUCGUUGGUUUGCUUUUUGUUUCUCACCCUGCUUUUUGCCUUUAGUGCAUGUUUGAACAUUUUUAUCUCCACUGUGUGUCCUGUACAGUAGGUCCAGUGACUCCUGCGUCUAGUUUCUCUGUCUGCAUCCAAAACCUGGCCACAACCUCCACAGCUGCAUUUCCACUGUAGCUUCUGUGCUAGACUCUGGUGGUGUGAGAACUAAUUUAACUGGAUUUGAGAUGUUUUAUGUGUAAUACAGCAGAUGCUACAGUUUGUUGUCUUAUCUUAUAGCGUUUACAUUUUACAAACCGCUUCGUUCAAGGGGGAGGAGCCUGUCUUUUUCUGAGAUAGAUGUACAUCUAAUCAAAUGCCAAAUAAAUUCACCAUGAAGGAA